CGUUACUUUAAUCUACAACGACCUGAAAGAGUGUGUGGAAUGCUUUGUAGCUUGAGGACAGAUUUCUCACAAGGUUGAAAUACACAUUUUGGAGCACUUUGUGAAAAUUAAAUAACUUUAUUUUAGUGGGUAUUGGACCCCAAGUUUAGCUAAAAGUAAGAUGGAGAAACUGUACAAUUAUAUACCCACUGGAAACUGAAAUGAUCUCACUCCUGGAUAACAGACAGUACAUUUCACCACCACCCUUUCAUUCAGAGUGAUGCAUCAAGGGGAGUAAUUACAGUCACUACUGACAGAUAGAUGAGUAAUGCUGACAACAAUACUUUAGUCUAUAAAACCCUGAUUUGUCUCAGUUGGAUAUGAACGUUUAUAACAGGCACAGCAACAGAGCGCUGUCUUUUGUGUUAAAUAUAAAGUCUAUUUUUUCUUAAGGUUUUACAGCGACUUGCUUCACACAGAAUGUGUACAACAGAAGGUAGGCUGAAAUAAUUCACUGUAUCACACUAUUUCAGCUCCGUUUGAUGAUUUCUUUCUGCCUUUUGAUCAGGAAAUUAAAUUAAUCCUUUUCCAUUACCUCAAUGGCUUUGCUGCAAAUCUAAAGGCAAUAUAUGCUAAUUAUUGCAUUUUUCUCUUCUUUUAGCCCAGAUUUAAAAAAAAACCCUUCAGGAUUUUAUUAAGAAAAUCAAAAACAAUGAGGACCGUGACUCUCCUUCUGUGUUUUGGAAAUAUAUUUGUAGCAUUACAGGCCAGUCAUCAGCAUUCAGACCCAUUCCCUGUAAUCACGCCAUAUGAAACAGCUUCCCCUGGUCUUUCAGCACUGGAAAAACAGCAAUCCAACAUCUCGGUUCUUCCAACCCAACCAACGGGAGGAAAAAAUGCACAGCCCCCCAUGUGCUUAGAGUCUGCUGGAAUCAGAGGCGCCUUCAAAUAUGUCAACAUUAUGGUCUCUGUGGUGGUGUUUGUUGUUGGAAUAGUGGGGAAUUCUGCUCUACUGAAAGUCAUAUAUGCAAACAAAACCAUGAGAAGUGGACCUAACAUUAUCAUUGCGAGCCUUGCUGUAGGGGAUCUGAUCCACAUUCUGAUAGACAUUCCAAUCAACUCAUACAGGCUCCUGGCAGAGGAUUGGCCAUUCGGUUUAAUAUGCAAACUUGUCCCCUUCAUCCAAAAAACUUCUGUUGGGAUUACUGUGUUGUGCUUAUGUGCCUUGAGUGUUGACAGAUACCGCGCUGUUGUAUCCUGGAAUCAAAUCAAAGGCAUCUGGGUUUCUGUGCGGACAAUGAUUGAAAUAACCCUGAUAUGGGUUUUUUCCAUCCUGCUGGCUGUCCCUGAAAUUGUCGGCUUUGAUAUGAUAACAAUGGACUAUAAAGAGAAGCAUCUAAGGAUAUGUCUGCUUCACCCCAUCCAAACCACACAGUUCAUGCAGUUCUAUAAAUCUAUAAAGGACUGGUGGCUCUUUGGCUUUUACUUUUGCAUGCCACUAACCUGGACUGCAAUUUUCUACACAUUGAUGACCAGAAAGAUGCUGAGAAACACAGAGAAUACAUUAAGUGACCACAUUAAACAGAGACGAGAAGUUGCCAAAACUGUCUUCUGCCUGGUUACUGUGUUUGCGCUGUGCUGGUUACCCCUGUACCUCAGCAGAAUCCUGAAAUGGACCAUAUAUGAUCAGAAGGAUCCUAACAGGUGCCAGCUACUUAGCGUCUUCCUCAUCCUUGACUAUUUCGGCAUUAACAUGGCUUCGCUCAACUCCUGCAUCAACCCUAUUGCAUUGUACAUCGUCAGCAAAAGAUUCAAGAGAUGUUUCAAGGCAUGUCUGUGCAGUCUGUGUCUGCCUCUUCAAGCCCGUGCCGGUGAUGAAGCACAGUCUGUUUUGAAGUCCAGAAUGCAGGAUCAAGCCUCAGAGCAAAGCAGCAACAUCAAAGCUCACAAGGAGCCUCCACCUGUUAACACCUUACUGUGUUAACAAAAGUCCUGUAGAACCGAGAAAAUACUUUUUGAUCCUGUCUAUAGUUCUUCAAUAAAUAAGUAUGGCGUUGAAAACAAAUACCAAACUGGGGCCUCCUGUCUGCAGCUCGACAGCCUCCGACAUGCCAACCCGAUAACGCAAGGAGCCUCUGAAUAACAUGGGGCACUGUCUUUUGUAAUGCUGUCGUCAGCUGAACAUCUGCUUUGGCGUGAGCAACCUGGAGUGAGACUGUUCACACUAUUAUUUGCCCCUGAGGCUUGACUCGCUUCCAACCAUUACAUCAGGCUUCACCUUGUACCUUUUCUGUAUCAUGCAUCACACUCCUUAAAUCACUGUUUUGGAUGCAGUGUUAACUUGGCACCCAUCAACAUGUAUCCUGUCACAGCUUAAGGCUUACAUGCAUGAAUAAUAAUAUAUAGACAGAUAUAUAUAUGUAUGUAUGUAUGUUUUUGUGUACGUUAAGGGAAAUAUGAAUUCCAAUUGCUCUCUAAUUACUUAAAUGCUCCUUUCAUUCCAGCUUUAUGAGCAGUAUGUGAAAAGUUUACCGCUGUCAUUUCCUCCUUGAACCUGGAGAAAAACAUAUCAAAUUGGUGCCACGAGUAGAUUCAGUCUCUGCCGCUGAAAGAACUGAUUGAUGGUGGCCUAUUUUUAAUACAUUGUUAAAUGUGUAAUGCAUGGAGACACUUUACGAAAGACCUGAGAGUGGGGAGGAAGGAAAACGAAGAUGACAGAAUGAGGUCAGGAGAAGAGAGAGCGAGAGAA